GGUCCUUGUCAUCAAUUCACCAGCACCUUCCAGCAUCCUAGUCCUUAUUCUUCUUCUAUAAAUAAAUGAACAACCUACCUCGGGCGAAGAAAUCAAGACCAAGAUUGGCGAGUCGCACAUUAAUCUGCUUGCAGUGGUCUCGUUACUUUAGUGAAACCACGUACCAAAUUUCAAAAAAAAAAAAAAAAAAAUUAUACUACUAGUGUAUAUAACCUCUUAUUGUCUGGUGUUGAAAGAGAAAAGGUAAUUCGGAAGAGAAUGAAGCCCGUCGUUCACAAGGACAAGGAGAAGAAGGAGAAAAUGGAAAUCAGAGCGGAUUGCAGAGCUGAAGAAGGGAGAAAGCACGUGGAAAGGGUCCAGGUGAAGACCCGUGAUGUGGAUACCCUCAAGUAUAUCGAAAGGAAGCUGAUUGACAAAGGGGUGCAGAGAAUGGAGCGCCACCCUGCAGAUGGGCUGCCGCUGAAGCAUGAUCCCAAGAAGGGACAUGGAGGGAAAUACUCGUGGGAAGGCCCUGACGAAGAGUUCAUGAAUGAGCUGCAGGCCGCCCCCCCAGCCAUUGAUGAGAAGGAUCCUAAUUAUGUGGAUGAAGAGGCAGAGGCGAGGUUGGUGAAGCAGGGAGAAAGCGCUGCUGGUGAUGACGAUGAUGAGGGAGGCGUGGUGGUGGGUGAAGUCGAGGCUCCCAAGCUUGCUGAGGAAGGGGUGGCAAGGAUCGAAGUUCAUCCUCAUUCGACGGGCUGACCAAUGGAUGAUUUUAAAGGAUUUCCGACGGCUUCCGUUGGUUCCGGGGUCUCACGAUGAUCUCUUGUAUUCCAUCGUUGGUCUGUCACUAUUGUGUGUUGGUUUAUGCUGUGUGUCUUCGUCUAACACUACUAAGUGUGUGUGUGUAUCAAAAUGUUGGGAGAGAUUCUGCAUAAAACAAGAAACACUCCCGUGGCUUGUAAUGACAUAAAGAUUUGCUGUUGUGUUCUGAUUUAAUUUGCAGCGGCUACGAGCUUCUUUCUAUUCCUUUUGCUUAUGAAAUUUAUUGGAAUUAGAAA